UACACAACUAAACCGUUCGAAACCUUUACCUUCUCUCUCUCUCUCUCUCUCUCCGUGACUUGGAAUCGGACAUGGAUGAGAAGCAGAGCUUCGAAGCUCUCAAACAACAAGAACCAGUGAAGAAGACGAUACCACACGAAGAACAAGGAGGAGGAGGAGAAGACGAAGAUGAGGAAUUCGAUGAAGUUGAUGACGACGACGACGACGGUGGUGCUGAAGGUGAAGUUGGUGGUGAGCAGAGGAAGCAACUCAGUGAGUUACCGCCAAUUGAAACUCGGUACGGAGCUUCUCAAUCUGAAACCCUAGCCUCUGCUUCGUCCGAGAAUGAUCUCCCCUCCGAUUUUCAUACUUCCUCUCACCUACUCUCAGAGGUGCCGGUGGAUUAUGCUCUUCUACGGCCGCUGGUGUCGACUGAAUUCAAGGAUCAAAUUGGGGUGUCCCAGCAACAAGCUUUGGUAAGUGUAACGACCGAGGCUGCUCAAACUAAGUCACAUAAUCAGCUUCAGUCACCUGGGUGUCUAACUUCUUCACCAGAAUUGUCACCAACAUCUGUGACACAGUCCAUUUCAUCUGCCCCAAGUCCCACUCACCUAGAUAAAAAACUGUCACCAGUAGUGAACACAAAUAGUGCACGUAUGCCACAUGUGGAAAAGCAUGAUUCUGCCAACCCUAAACCUAUAUCUUCUGUACGUGUUGUAAAAACACCGUCAACUGAUGGCUACAAUUGGCGGAAGUAUGGUCAGAAGCAGGUGAGAAGUCCUCAAGGUUCCCGAAGUUACUACAAAUGCACAUUUUGUGACUGUCUUGCUAAAAAGAUUGAGUUCUGUGAUCACUCAAACCGGGUCAUUGAGAUAAUUUCUAAAGGUCAGCACAAUCAUGAUCCGCCUUGGGGAAUAAAUUGCACAAGGGAAAGUAGGCUUGCUUUACCUGCUGCACCUAAUAGUACAGCUCAUCCAGUGAGAAUGCUUAAUGAUUCAGAUCCAUCCACUUCUUCAAGAGAACUAAUACAAGAAACACCUGUACUACCUGAAACAAAACACCAGGACUCUAUUGGUUCUGAUGGAAGUACUGAGAUUGACAUUAAGGAGGAGCAUGUUGAUGAACCAGAACCAAAACGAAGAUUGAAGAAAAGCAACUCAUCAUAUUCAGGUUCUUCAUUUAAACCUGGCAAGAAGCCUAAAUUUAUCGUGCAUGCGGCUGGUGAUGUGGGAAUUUCAGGAGAUGGCUACAGGUGGCGCAAGUAUGGACAAAAAAUGGUAAAGGGAAAUCCUCAUCCCAGGAACUACUACAGAUGCACCUCGGCUGGAUGCCCUGUCAGGAAGCACAUCGAAAGGGCUGUAGAUAACACGACUGCCGUCAUAAUAACAUACAAGGGAAUACAUGAUCACGAUAUGCCGGUACCUAAGAAGCGGCACGGCCCUCCAAGUGCUCCUCUUGUUGCCGCUGCCGCUCCCGCUUCCAUGAAUUUGCAAUUCAAGAAAACUGAAGCAAUCGCGAACCAAAUAUCAGCGACCCAGUGGUCAGUGGACACAGAAGGUGAAUUAACAAGUGAGACAUUGGAUACCGGAGAGGAGAAAGCAAUGGAAUCGGCUCGAACUCUUCUGAGUAUUGGAUUCGAAAUCAAGCAAUGCUGAAAGCCCACAUCAAGGGGGUAAGCUGGCAAGGUAAGAGAGGAAAAAAUAAAUUAUUAAAUUUACAAGUUUGACUUUAUUUUUUAUUUUUUAAUUUAUGUUUGUUUUAGUUUAGUUUUUUUUUUUUUAGUUGUGUUGUUCUUUAAGCAAACAGUUGUGUGUAAAUUGGUGCACUAGUGUUGAACAGGUUGCUAGUUGUGAGAUUAGUUGUUAAAAAGAUUGAUUGAUAGUUUUGAUA